AGCAGCCCCAAUUAAAGAUCACUUGGUCACUUUCUCCGAAUUCCCGGAUCACGGCUAGUAUGUUCGACUGGCCGGUUGUCACAGCAGACCCGGCUUCAUUCCGCCUUCGUUGUCAAAAUAGAAGCCUUUCUUAGCUAGUCGUUGCAUGCUACCUAUUUAUAGGAAAGGAAACCCGCUACCUCCUACUCUGGCAGCUUUGAAGCCAAUGAUAUCUCGAGUGCGCUCACUUAGCCGCUAGUCAUUCUAUGAGAUCUCAGUCCUACCAUUAACGCUUGCGAAUCAUAUGUAUCGCAACUUGAAAAACCUUGCUUUAUCUCACAUUUAGGCCCUCCGCCAACUUCCCUCGACACCGCCCUACUUUACCUUACCCUUAUUACUGCGGCUAUAUUUCAUACGAUCACUAUGGGAACAACAUCUGUCCGUCGCAACCUCUUUCACCAUCAUCUUAGCAGACGGGCCGGGUCCGUUGCUCCUUCCAGCUCCUCCGCGCAGAGCAAUGCUAAUCAUGGGACUCCGGCCCUCCCCACCCAUAUGGCACUCUCAAACUCAUCGGAGUCGGUCUCGUCUUUGAGUUCCGGCCUUGUCGAUAACGGGGAAAUCGUUGUCCGAGACAAGAAUGGCAGCUAUAAAAUCGAUAUUCCGAUCCUUCCGGCUGUGGUCAGCGAAGGUGGUGACGAAAUGGAGGGUAUUGAAGAAGUGGAUGCUCGUGGCGUCCCUGGGGAUGCAACCACUAGCACUGCAAACCAGACCGACAUUUCAGGACGGGAGAAAGAAAAGAUUGAAGCAAAUUUACUGGGAUUGUAUCGGAAUAAAACGAGGCGAAUGAGUAGUGAACCAGCCGAAAUUUUGAAUCUUGUCCAGCGGAGCCUGCGUAACAAAGUCGCCGCCUUGGAUGAAGAUAACUGGAUGUACGAACCUGAAGUCGAUUCUAGCGCCUAAUCCCGGCCCAGUAGUGGCAUGCCUACCUAAACUUAUCAUUACUUAUGGUGGUGA